UCGAUGCCCUUUAGUCCCGCGUGAUCGUGAUCGUGAUCGACCAAACCGCAUCGUCGAAGCGAGCCGCCCAUCUCGAGCGGGCUCCGUACUUAUCGUUAUGCUUGAUCGCGUUCGUUGAACAAGUUCUCGUGGCAAAACGAAGGGAGAGGAACCCUCGGAUAACAUGAUUUAUCAGCCGAAUCAUCAUCAUCAGUCACCGACGAUGUCGUCCGCGAGGAAGACGUCGCCGCGACCGCAGCGUCGGAACUUGCAAGCCUCGUCGGCGAAGUGCGCGAACGCGAAAGCGAAACGCGCAGGCGACAGGACUGGCAACGAGGAGAGAUGCAGGGGAAGAUGCAGGGUGCAGUGGAGCGAGAAACACGUGAAGGAGGGGUUGGUACUGGUGCAAGAGGCGCAACUAGCCAGAGUCGUCAAGACUGGACCCAUCACCGAGCAUUACGAGAUCGAUCCGAAGCCGUUCGCGAACGGACAAUGGGCGAAAGUUUAUCGAUGCAGAUCUCGAUCGACCGGUAUACUCUACGCUGCGAAGUAUUCAUCAAGAAACCGAUUCAACGCGGACUGCAGCGCUGAGCUGAGACACGAAAUCGCUUUGCUGUCGCUUUGCUCGCAAUCGCCUCGCGUCAUUCGACUGCACGAUGUCUACGAGACGCCCAAAGAAAUUAUCCUCGUCAUGGAAUACGCCCCUGGUGGCGAUCUACAGACGCUCAUCGACGGCGAUUUGGUGCCCCUCGAAGGUGACGUGGUACACUUUGUGAGGCAGCUAGUAGAAGGACUUGCCUACCUCCACCAGAGAAAUAUCGCCCAUUUGGACAUCAAGCCACAAAAUUUGGUAAUGAUGGGCAGUUUCCCGGAAUGCGAGGUGAAGCUCUGCGACUUCGAGAUCUCGAGAGUGAUACUAGAAGGGACGGAGGUUCGUGAAAUCCUUGGGACACCGGAUUACGUAGCUCCUGAAAUUCUUCACUACGAACCGAUCACGUUGGCCGCUGAUAUGUGGUCCGUGGGUGUAACGACUUAUGUUCUGUUAACGGGAUUUUCCCCUUUUGGCGGUGAAACCGAUCAAGAAACAUUUCAAAACAUCUCCAUUGGCGAAGUAGAUUUUCCCGAAGAAUUGUUUGGCGAUAUCUCGGCGCAGGCGAAAGAUUUCGUAGCAAAGCUUUUGGUGCUGGACCCGAGCGCACGAAUGACCGCGAAACAAUGCCUGCGUCACGAUUGGUUACGCGGCGCGCCCACGCAAGCUUCGCCUCAUCUCCGGAGAUACCUGUCGAAGUCGCGAGAGGUUCUUCUAGAACGCGUUGUCAGCCGGGAGAACCUACGAAGGGCAGCGCUUUUGAGCCAGGCGAGCAGCCAAGCGAAUCUGUCGAGCGACGCUCAAGACACGAGCCACUCCGACCAGAGCUUGCAAGACUGUCUGCUGAGUCAAAGCGAGAUGUGCCUGAGCCACCGUCUGACCGGAAGCCGAUCUAGUCUCGAGGGUAGCGAGGAUUUCCUAAGUCCCGCCGACUCUCGAACGAGUCUCAACUCUUCCAGAACGAAUCUCAGCUGCGCCAGCCAAAGCUGUCUGCUCAACAAAGAACAAACCCAAGGUUUGCUCAGUCGAGCGCAAAGUCGUUCGCAGGCGAACUUGAAUCACGGCCCCAGUCGGGGGCUUCUGUCUCGAAUACGAAGCCUGAAUCGAAUCCAGUCUCAGGCGUGUUUGCUCAAUGAAAACUCUCCGAUAGCCUCGGCUUUGCAGCCGCGGAUGACGAUCAACCCUGUGAUCAGCAAGUCGCGCGAGAAGUUGUACGGCCUGAGAUCGUUGUCCAAGUCUCAAGGAGUUUUGGAUAUAUACAGGAGCCUCGAGUGCCUCAGACGGAGAAGGAAGAGCUACCAGCGAGCCAAAACGGAGGAUAUGGUGCCUAUUUUUAAACGGUUGGGCGCCGAAAUAGAUACAUCUAACGUGUCGGACUCGUCGAUAGAAACUACGUGCAACAUUGGCGACCAUAGGUCCUACGACGAUGUAUCGAGCUUGAUAGAAACGAAGAAGUAUUUGAACGACAAAUCGAACGAAAAAUCGAUAGAAAAGACAGAGUCGGAAAUUGCGGAUGAAGAUGGCGAUCGAUCGACGAAGACCGAGAAACAGGGAGAGACGAAAGAUUUAGAAGCGUCGAGGGUACAGGCUUUGGAGUCCGAGGAGAAUUUCGAUUCGUUGAAAUCGAUCGAAUCGGACACGCUGACCGAGGAUUCAGACGAGACACCUGUGAAUCGUGAGAACGAAUCGAAUCUAGUAGCUGGGAAACGACUCUGUCAGCGACAACAUUCUGACGUUUCGAGUCACUCAAACAAUUCUGGUACGUCGGAUGACAAAGAGGACCGAUCGACCGAGUCUGAGACCGAGGAGCCGAAAUACACGGUGGCUCAGCUUGUGUCCGCGUUCAACAAGCACCAGGAAGUCGCCUCGAGGACGAGUUUGGAAGCGAUAAUGAGCGAGAAACAAGUGAACGAGGUGACUUUUCCCACUGGGACGAAGGCCUUGAGAUUGUUCAUACCGGACAUUAAUAUCAGCGAGAGUAAAAUUGUCCGACGAAAGACAAGUUACAAGCCGAGAAAGAAUUGGGAAGAGUUGAGGAAGAAGAACGAGAAGAACGAAGGAAUACUGAAGAAUUUCGUUGAUUCGGGCGACGAGGACGAAGAUAAUAUUGCUACUUCUGAUUCUACGAACGAUGAGAAGAAACUAAAUAAAGAAUCCGUGGCUGAUGGAAAGGAUAAAGAGCAGGGAAGGAUAAAGGAAUCGUGUUCUGAGCAGUGGUCGAGUCCAUCGUCGAUUGGCAUCAACGAAGAUUACAUUUUCGAGGAAGCUACGGUUCAAGAUAACGUUGACACAACGAUAGACGAGAAGUAUAAGCAAUGCGUAAAGGGAGCUAAAUCAAUGGAACCAAUGAGCGACAAACCUCAGAAAACAAUGAAUAAUUCAGAUCGUUUGAUCACUAAUACUCGUCAGAAAGAAAGACUGCCAAAUUACAUCUAUCCCGAAAUAACGUGCCAUAUUAAAGACGAUUCUCAAGACUCGCCUAAGAAAGUUACCUCUACAAAUGGUAAAACGAACUUAAAGGUACAAAAAACAGACCGAACGAAACCGGUAUAUAAUACAGAGUGCGUUAAUGUGAAUCUGAAAGACAUCCUGCAGCGAGUUGACAGUUGUCAGAAUAAUCCAAAAGAGAACAUGGAGAACUUAAGAAAAAGGACGUCCAUUACGAAAAUAAUAUUAAACGACAAUCAGGAGAAAAACGAGGGAGAAACUAGAUCGAGUAGCCGAGCACGAAGCGAACCACCUUUGAACUCAAGUCCCAGGGACGAGGAUCACAAGAUGAAACUGGUUGUACCACCCUUUUUCGCGAGAUCCUCGUCUUUGUCCAGCGAAAGCAGUUGCCCUACUCCUUCUAGCGUUCACUCAGAUGCGAAUACUUCCUGGGAAGAUGUUCAACGUGGUACCGUAGGAUCGAGCGUGUUCUUGGAGAAGGAAGAUACUAACAAAGCGCAAAGAAAACACGAGAUCCAGAGAACUUCGAGCGAGGGAAAGAACAAGCAAUGUAGCGCAGACGACAAGAGACUUUGGGGUAGAGUAUGUACCGGGUCAUACAGCAGAGCGAUGGAGAAAUUUAGCAAAAAUAACGACGUGAAUAAAAAAUCUAUUAACCAAUUAAACGGAUCGCAACAAAACGGAAAGAUCAGAAGGAAAAGCAGUCCCGCUAUGCCUCAAUACAUCAAUCCGUAGAAAUAAACUUCCCUUCUAUGAGAAGACUGAUUCUAGAACUUGGCCUUCCUCGAUAUAUUGCGGUGACUCAGGCCGGAAAAUCGAACAGCUGAACCUUUCUUUUCGAACGAACUCGGCCAAAGAAUUGACAGAAACGAGACAAUCGUUCUCGCAAUCUUCAAACCUUGACAACAAUGUGCUCGCGAGCCUUGGUAAAACAAUACCGCGGGACUUAAGCAAGAUUACUUAUGGCUGGUCGUGUUCGAGUGGACCAAACUGGCGGAUAAAUAAUCUGCAGGCGUGUGUCAUCACAUAGUCGAACGACAAACCUGUCAUUAACAUCCCAUCUGGGCGUCGCGUGGUCAAACAAGGCGAUCGAACGUGAUUGAUCGUCAUAGCCAUAUCCUUGACUUAAUCUCCAUAUCGAGCGAUCUUCGAGAACUACUUUUUUUCCGAAGUGCGUAGUAUCGAUGGACACGUGAGUACAGAGGAAGCGAAGCAGCUGAUUUCGUCCCGAAAAAACGGUACCGAUCAAAUCACCAGAAAAAGAAGUAUCGACGGUAUUGAGUUUAGACUAAGAUCGAAGAUUGAGAAUCAAAUGACAGAAAGUAUAGAAUUUAAUUCGCGUUACAAGAACGUUGUGACGAUGUACGUCGUACGAGAAUGCAAGUGUUGCGUUCAAAGAAAUUGCUCAUUUUACGAGAGAUUAUCUUUUUACGAUACAAUUUUGCCUCUACUAAUUCUCUCCGAUACCUCUGUUGCCUAUCGAAGCUCUUUUAAAUAGUAGCAGUCGCGAUUCAAAUUGGAUGAAAUCCGAAAAUAACUCAAUUAUAUCGCAGUAGCUAGCGUGCUAUUAAAGCCGGUCUAGUAAUGUGUUUCAUUUAGAUUUUAGGCGAUUCGUUCAAUUUUGUAUCGAUGAUAUCGUAAUAAAGACUCUUUGUCGUUAAAUCUCA